GGCAAGUGUUGCCGAAAGCACGAACUUGUCCGAUGUAGAAUGGCUUGUUAUGCGAGCUCGUGGAUACUCCAAGACCGAUCAUUAUUCUGCAAAGGCUUGGCUUAUUACUGCCAGAUCGCUGUAUCCCAGAUGCUUUUUAAUUCAAUUUGAGUCUUAUCAGUUGGAGAAAUCGGCGAAGAACGUCAAAGAUGCUGCAAAGUUAUUGGAAGACAUGUUAAAGAAUUUUCCCAAUGAGAGUUACCUGUGGGCAGAGGUACAUACAAUACUGGCUACCCUGCAGGCAGAUGGUGUAGAACCAAAAACAAGUUUCCUUACAGAAAUAUUUGCUGCAAUUCCGACACACAUCCAGUGUCGAAUGCUCCUGAAUGUAGCAGAAAAGAUUGUCGAUGUGUUGGAAAGAUGUCGCCUUUUGUUAUUGGCCAUGAAGAAAUUCCCCGACCUCGUCUCGGAACAUGGGCUAAAGCUUGUGGAGAUGUUGUCUGUGGAGGAGAAAAAGGCAGCCAUGAUGAGCCCAGUCAACUGUUACAGGAAGCUACUGGUGUGUGACACACUGCCGCUGAUUCUUGAGAAGGGGCGACAUCUCGAUAUGAAACCCUGCCAGCUUUACACCUGGCUACAGAGGGCGAUCGAAUUCUAUGUCAGUUACAUCACCCAGCCAGCUAGUUCAGAUACCCCCCUGUCACCAGAUUUACUAUCUCCAUCCAAGUCCUGUAAGAAGUCCCCAGCGAUUCCAGGUCUCCUGGCACGCGAGAGUCAGAUCGGAGAUCCCUGGUCCGGCUUGUUUAGACUCCUACAGCUUGUCAGCAGUCACCUGGGCUGGGACAUAGAAUCAGACCUCUUCACCAAGUCUAAGGACUAUCAGUGGCACUUUCUGCUGAAUGUGUUCAACCAUGCGAAACAGGCUCCAUCGUCGGAGAGUUCUCAGAAACAGAUUCUCUUCAUGUCCACCGUGGUCUUUCUCCAGUGUCUCAACACGUACAUCAGCAGUCUUGACUCUGACACAUCACAAGGCGGACUGCGUACCCCAGUGGUGUUGGUUGAAGGUUUCACAUCAGAGAGUGAUGAAGUCAUUGCACAACCGAAGCCGAAACGUCUCCGAAGUGAGCCGGUGUUACCACAGAUCCAGCCUUCGCCCAGCAUCGGUAACUCGGGCAACAUCAUUGAGAACUUCCUCACCGCCAUGAAGUGUUUCGAACUGCUGCACUCCUCGGAGGAGCUGCGGAGAGAGUUUAUUGGUCUGUGUCAGAACUGGCGAGUUGAGAUGUGGUCGUGGAUGAGUCACUUCCAAACAGACAUGUUCAUAUACCAGGGGGCAUUCCAAGACGCAGUGGGACAGUUACAGAAUUUCAUCACUGGAGCGCAAGGGAAGACACAGGUGCGUGUCUCUCUACAACUGGCGUCUUGUUUCUACUGUCUGAGAAAAUUCUCCAAAGCAUGUGAACUGUUGCUGGAUGUUUUGACAUCUCUGCCAGAUGGCGGUGGGACAUCUGAGACUGCAGGUCAAAGGUCACAGGGGACAUCGGGUCAAGGGAGACAACUCCUACUAAUGCAGUGUACAGAGAGUGAGGUUCUUCCUUACUGCAUUCAGCUUAUUAUAACAUGUUUGAAGGAUCGAAUAUUUUCUGCCGGCCAGUGUACAGACAUGAUCCUCGGUCACCUGAUAAUCUUACUGCAGUUUGAUUGGCCGAGAUACGAGGGACUGUUCACCGAGACGGUUGCUAUGAUACAAAAACAAGGCUCCUUCACAUACAACCUGUUCUUCGUCUACAUCUACAAUCUUGACAUGCUGGAGGAGUUUGCCUUCCUAGACACCAAGCAGGGUGGUUCUGUCAAACUAGACAUUCUACCGGCCACAGCGAAAACCAUUGCACCACAACGGACCGUCACAAGAGGUGUUAACAAGAACGUCCGGGAAGACUUCAAAGCCUCACUGGAGAAACAGUUGAAGAAAACAAACGAACCGAUUAACCAAAUGAUUCACACAUUCCUCAAGGAGGAGAGAACUCUGCUCCUAGAUCAUUUAGGAUAAACGUUUAGUUUGGUAAUAGGUUGCCAUAAAACAGGAAUCAAUGUGCAAACAGUUGCAGAUUUACCAUGGUCUUGGAUAAAAGCUUAAGAAUUGAAGCAGUGCUCACAUGCCCCCACCCCCCACCCCCCAUUUGCUCUUUUAUGUCAACCAAAAGUUUGACACAUUGUUUUAACUUGUUAACACUGAAGACCUAAAAUCUGCCCAUGCAAAUGUAGUGCUUUUUGUGUAAAAUGGGUGUACUCUGGCCAGGUUUAGUGGGUGUGUUUGUUUAAACCAAUAUCCAGGGGUUGGGGGUUUUCAGUAUAUAUGUGGUAAAGGUGCAUUAAACAAAUCUAUGGCCCUACUGAUAUUAAUAAAAGUGCAAAAGCCACUAAUCAGCAUUCAAAAUAAGCACUUGUCCGUUUGUCGUGACGAGUGAAAAUCUAUGUGGACAAGCGAAUUUGCAGUUUUAUUUUAAACAAUCAAAAACAUUGCCCUAGUACUUGAAUAAAACAUACCAUUUAUUUGGACAAGUGAAAAGAUUGAUGGACAAGUAAAUUUCUAGAUGUAUUUGUCUGGUGGACUAGUAAAAAUAUCACUGCUUAUGCUAUAUUUAUAUACUGACGAAAAGAAAUAAGAGAUCACCUAAAUAAACAGCAAAGAGUGGUGCUAAUAAACUCUGAUCUAUAGUGUGAGGAAAUUGAUAGUGUUACUGACACUCAUUUCCACAUUACAUCUUCAUGUGUUGUACAGAUAUUACCACAUUGGUAUACAUUAAAUUUCAUCUAUGAUA